AUGGAUUGGAAGACUGAGAAGGCUCUUUUAGAGUAGGAAAACGAACUGUUGGAAAUGUAGUUAAAAGAGUUAAGAGAAAGGGAAGAUUCUUAUAAGAUAUUUAACGAAUCGAUGCUCAAUGCCUACAAUUCCAUGCAAAAUGAUGUUCAGAAAUAAAAUAGCAUUAUUCAUAAGCAAUUACAACAAAAUUUGGAACAAUUUUCUCAAGAUUUAAUUGAAUCCAGAAAUAGAAAUAAUACUAUGCUGCAACAAAUGGAGAAAGAAAAUAGAAACCUAAAGGAUUACUUAGAAUUAUUAGAAUAUCAAAUUUAGGAAUAAUAGUAGGAGCAAAUGAGAGAAUUAUAAGAGUUUUAAUCACUAUUACCUAUUUCUCAAGAAUAAAAUGAGUCAGCUAUAAAGAUGGAACAAAAAAAGAAAAAAAAGGAAGACAAAGAAAAUUGUAAACCAGAACGAGGAGGAGGGUGUAUAAUAUCACGAAAGCCAAAAAAUGAAACAGUUUUAGAAAAAGAAUUGAACGUAAGCAAUGUAUUGAAUUGUAAAAAUUCUAACUUAUUGGAAAUCUCCUAAAUGGAUUGGCUGGAUUAAUCAUCUCCAAUCGAUCUAUUUAAACAAUACUAGUUAAAUUAAAGAGGCAGAGAUAAUUCAAAUCAUUCCCAAAGAAUGCAGCCUUAGCUUUCAAAACGAGAAAUUGUACAUUAAAGGAUAAGUGAUGACUCUAUUAGUCCUUCUUAUGUUAGUGAGCGAAAAUCAAGUAAUAACAUCACAACAAAUGGGAAAAGAUGGAACUAGGAAUUUAAAUUAAUAACCUCAAGUUAAUUGAUGUAAAGGGAUAAUAUAAAGAAAGAAAAUCAAAUGAAAUUUGAGAAGAAAUCUCUAGAUGAGUUUACUAGAUAACUAAAUUCAUUCAAAUCAGCUGAAAGUCUCUCUUAGGCCUACAGGAGAGGUUAAUUAUCUUGA